CUCCACUCGUACUCGUAUCAGCAGCAAUUCGUUUCCUUGGUCAAUGGUUUACCGGUAACCACUUCACGUGACACUGCGAACAACACGCACACGAGCUCUAGUAUCUGCUCUUACGAAACGCCCCCACCUAACCCCACUCUACUGAAGUACACUACUAUACGCUAAAUAAUUUUAGCAGUCACAAUGUGUACUCGACACACAUCGAGCACUCAACCACUUACCAAGACGAUACAAUGGUUCGAGGACCCAAAAAGCAUCUUAAGCGUGUUGCCGCCCCCAGUCACUGGCUUUUGGACAAGCUUUCUGGCACCUAUGCCCCCAAGCCCUCUCCUGGUCCUCACAAGGCCCGUGAUUGUCUUCCUUUGAUUGUUUUCUUGCGCAACCGUCUUAAGUAUGCCUUGAACGGUCGUGAGGUCAAAGCUAUCUUGAUGCAACGUCUUGUCAAGGUCGACGGUAAGGUUCGCACCGACGCUACCUUCCCCGCUGGCUUCAUGGACGUUAUCAGCAUCGAGAAGACUGGCGAGCACUUCCGUCUCGUCUACGACAUCAAGGGCCGCUUCACCGUCCACCGCAUCACUGCUGAGGAGGCCAAGUACAAGUUGUGCAAGGUCAAGCGCGUCCAACUCGGUGCCAAGGGUGUUCCCUUCGUUGUCACCCAUGACGGUCGCACCAUUCGUUACCCUGAUCCUCUUAUCAAGGUCAACGACACCGUCAAGUUGAACUUGGAGAACAACAAGAUUGAGUCUUUCGUCAAGUUCGACACCUCCUCCAUGGUUAUGGUCACUGGUGGUCGUAACAUGGGUCGUGUUGGUGUUGUUACUCACCGUGAGCGUCAUGAGGGUUCCUUCGAGAUUGUUCACAUCAAGGAUGCUUUGGACCGUGAGUUUGCUACUCGUUUGUCCAACGUUUUCGUCAUCGGCGAGGCCGGAAAGGCCUGGAUCUCCUUGCCCAAGGGUAAGGGUGUCAAGCUCAGCAUCGCUGAGGAGCGUGACCGCAGACGUGCCCUCAAGGGUUUGGCUUAAACUUCGUACACACCUUGUCCUCGUUGAUGUAGAAUCGUGCCAAUAACAUGUCUCAAUAAAGCAGGGAGAGUUAAAAAACGCGUAGCUAGUGUCGAGUUGAAGGUGUUUUGUCUGCAAAUCUUAAACGAUUUA